AUGAAGGCAGGAACCUCCCUGGGCUUGCUGGUGAUGCUCAGCCUCCUCCAGGCACCUGCAUCCUCUUCCCACGAUGUGCUGGAGGAGCUGUCAGACAUGUCCCUCCUGAGUAGCGUGGCCGAGGCCAAGCACCUGGUGGACGCCGCCUACAAGCGCACGCGGGACCGCAUCAAGCAGCACCUGCAGAACGACGCCUUGACCCCAGCAGAGCUCCUGAGAUACUUCAAGCAGCCCGUGGAGGGGACCCGGGCGGCUGUGAGGGCAGCAGAUUAUGUGCAGACCACCCUGAGCCUCCUCAAGGAGAAGCUGAGAUGGGCUGUGAGGGGGGACUUCAACGUCACAGAUUUGCUGACUCCAGCUCAGCUGGACAUGAUUUUCAAGGCCAGUGGAUGUGACCAGCAGGAUAAGAAAAUAAAUUGUCGUUCUUCCCGCUACCGAACGAUCACCGGCCAGUGCAACAACAGGAGGCGCCCCUACCUCGGAGCCUCCAACAGAGCCCUGGCCAGGUGGCUGCCAGCACAAUACGAGGACGGCGUGUCCAUCCCCCGUGGGUGGACAGAGGGAAAGUGCUUCUCUGGAUUCCCUCUUCCCCUGGUCCGACAGGUGUCCAAUGAGAUCGUUCGCUUCCCGCCGGAGCGGCUGCGGCUGGACCAGCACAGGUCCCUCAUGUUCAUGCAGUGGGGGCAGUUCAUUGACCACGACCUGGAUUUCAGUCCAGAAACCCCAGCCAGGGUCAGCUUUCGUGGUGACAUAGACUGUGACACCAGCUGUGCCAAGAAGCCUCCUUGCUUCCCCAUCCAGAUCCCACCCAACGACCCCCGAAUCACCAACAGGAGGGACUGCCUGCCCUUCUCCCGCUCUGCCCCUGCCUGCACCCCCGGCAGUGGGGUCCGGGAGCAGAUCAACGCGCUCACCUCGUUCCUGGACGGCAGUGUGGUGUACGGCAGCGAGGUGGCCGUGGCCAACCGGCUGCGGGACCGGAGCCGCGGGCUGGGGCUGCUGGCUGUCAACCAGAACUUCACCGACAGGGGCAGGGCCUACAUGCCCUUUGGGCCCAUGAGAAAGGAGCCCUGCCUCAAGGCCAGUGGGGCAGCUCGGAUCCCUUGCUUUUUUGCAGGUGACACCAGGGCCAGCGAGAUGCUGGAGCUGGCCUGCAUGCACACGCUCUUCGUGCGGGAGCACAACCGCCUGGCCGGGCAGCUGAAGAGGCUCAAUCCCCACUGGAAUGACGAGACGCUCUACCAGGAGGCACGAAAGAUCCUAGGAGCCAUGAUCCAGAUCAUAACCUACAGGGACUACCUGCCUCUCCUGCUGGGAUGCACGUUCCGGAGUCUGAUUCCUCCUUACCGGGGCUACAACGAGUGUGUGGAUCCUCGGAUAUCCAACGUCUUCACCUUGGCCUUUCGCUUCGCCCACGCUUCAAUCCCCCCCACUGUGGGUCGCCUAAAUGAGAGUUACAAGCCCAUAACACCCGAAAUUCGACUUGGAACCUCCUUCUUUGCCAUGUGGAGGAUCAUUCAGGAAGGUGGGAUUGAUCCCUACCUGCGGAACCUGAUGGCCAGCCAGGCCAAGCUGAUGACGCAGCGGCAGAUGGUGGUGGACGAGCUCCGGGACCGGCUGUUCGAGCGAGUGGAGAGGAUUGGCUUCGAUCUGGCCGCGCUCAACAUGCAGCGGAGCAGAGACCACGGCCUUCCAGGUUACAACUCCUGGAGAAGAUUCUGUGGGCUCUCACAGCCUUCUGGAGUGAAGUCACUCGGUAAAGUGUUGAGGAAUCGGGAUCUGGCCAGGAAGUUCCUACAGCUCUAUGGCACCCCCAAGAACAUCGACAUCUGGAUUGGGGCCCUUGCAGAGCCCUUUGUGAAGGGAGGCAGAGUUGGGCCUCUCAUGGCUUGUCUCAUUGGCACCCAGUUCAGGAACAUCCGUGAUGGGGACAGGUUUUGGUGGGAGAACCCCGGGGUUUUCACUCCCUCGCAACGCUGUGCACUGACCAAAAUCUCCCUGUCACGAAUCAUUUGCGACAACACCGGCAUCACCAAAGUUUCAAGGCACAUCUUCAGGGCUAACAGGUACCCCGAGCACUUUGUGAGCUGCAGUCGGAUCCCAAAGCUGGACCUCAGACCGUGGAAGUCACGGAGCACCCAGGAGCAAGAAGAAGAUUCUGGUGACUUUAAAUGCUGAACACUGAGGAUUCCCCAGAAGAUGCUGGGAAGAUGCUAGGAUUUAUUAUAAUUUUUUACUGGGUUUGUGCUCUUACUGCCUGCACUGUUGCUGUCCUCUACUCAGCUUAAUUUGCACGAAGCCUUUCCAGCGGGAUGGAGCCCAGCAAGAGAAAAACUUCAGGAGAAGAUGUCCCAGAUCUGUGAAAUCACCCAAUAUCACAAAGCCAAGUGAAGUGAGUUAUCCAGAGGCUGAUUCCAAAUCACACCGGCUGCUGGUUUGGCCUGUAGAACCACGCACUGUUUUACCAGGACAUGGUUUGGACCCUCCUUUCAAAUUUUGCAAUCCCCACAGAAAGAUCCAGGGCACUGGAUUGGCAGCUGAUUCUUGCUCUCCAAUUAUUUUUGUUGUUGUUGUUGUUUAAAAUAAGACAUCUUUCAGUUUCCAGAGAAAAUCUCCUAAUGUCAGGGUGCCCCUGAGGGAAGCAGAAACAGCUGCCCUUCACCCCAAACCAGG